UUCUUUGUUUAACGCAUGAGAAAUCGUAUACCAGGGUCGCGAGCGCGCCCAUCGCCCAUUGCCGGCUUUUAUUCAAAAAAGCUGCUUAUAAUUUUAACCACACGCAUCGUAAAAGCUAUGCUCCGUGCAUGUGUACAUAUUUUUAAAGGCUCAAAAUUACUCCCGGAGCUCCGCAACUUUCAGGGACAAUUUUGUACCAUGGUGGACGCUAAACUGGAGGCUGUUCCCCUGGCUGAAAUCGAUGAAGGGGUCUUCAAGUACAUCCUGAUUCGAGUAUACGGGAAGGAGAAAGAUGACGGAAGCGAACCGAGUAAGAACAUCGUCCGUGGUUUCCUGCGAGCCCAGUGGCACUCGGAUAUAUACGACGAGGUGAGCCAAUCGCUGGCCGGGCUUGGACUGGAAACGGAAUGCCUCGGGGGUGGAAGGAUCGAACACAAACCGGACCAGAAAUUCAUCAAGGUGUACGGGUACUCGCAGGGUUUCGGCAAAGCUGAUCACCAGGAGUCUCGCAGGAUUUUGCUUACCAAAUAUGAGGGUUACGAAAUAGAAACCUCGGACGAGGGUUAUUAGCAACGAUGAGUAUGAAAUUAGGGCAGUUUUUUCUCAGUACGACCCACCCACAAUAAAGUAACGUUAUUUAUGCAAUCAAA